UUCCGCCACCGCGCCUGCUCGGUGCGGGAUGCUGAAAUUGUAGGCGAUGAUGGCGGAAGGGGAGCAGCGCUGACUUUUCUACGAGUUCUUCCCGCGGCCGAAGAACCGUCUACGACAUCGUUUCUCUCCCCCCUCCCCGAAACCUUUUCCCGACACGAUGGGGAACGAGGCGAGCAUGGAAGGGGAGGGACAGGCGGGACAAGGCGGCCCCUGCGCCGUCCCUGCAGCGGGAGCUCCGGCUUCCAUUUCAGCACCGCCGGACGCUGGACAGCUCAUCAAGCCGAGCAACGGAGCGCCUGCCGGAGGAAGUGGCGCCGGAGUCGGCCGGGGGAUUAACAGGCCACCUGCAUCAGACCCGGGUCCUAAAGCAGGAGUCCCCGGCAGUCAUGGAACAGGAGACAGGUUGGCCACCCAUGACACCCCGUCCCAGGGAGAGCAGGGCCAUGGUCACGCGGCCAGGAAGAGCUUGCACGUGGAUGUGGGCGGCGGCGGCGGGACCGGGAGGUCCCCGUCGGUAUCCCCAGACCGAGGCAGCGUGCCUACCUCUCCUUACUCUGUGCCUCAAAUCGCGCCCAUGCCCAGCAGCAAGCUGUGCCCCGUCUGCAAGACGGCCGACCUGACUGGCACCGCUGAUGACAAGCCAAACUUCAACACCUGCACCAUGUGCCGCUCCAUGGUGUGCAACCAGUGUGGCUUCAACCCCAACCCCCACCUCGCCCAGGUUCAGGAGUGGCUUUGCCUGAACUGUCAGAUGCAGAGAGCGCUGGGGAUGGACAUGACCACUCCACGUUCCAAGAGUCAACAGCAGAUACACUCUCCUUCUCACGCUGCCAAACCAGAACCCAGACCCGAUGCUCCCUCUCAGCCCGCCCCUCAGACGCAGAUGCCUCCUCAGGCCCGACCUCCAGGGCAGACCCGGCCGGGUCCCGGCCCGUCCAAGCAGACCAGUCCGGCUGGCCCAGGUCAGCAAGCGACAAAGCUGCCCCCGGGGGCGGUGCCUCUCCCUGGCAUGGCCAAAGCCCCAUCCCAGCCCGAUUUGUCCCGAAACUCCCCCGCGCACCAGCCCCUCCACCCCCGCCAGGACCAGACACGAAGCGCAGGCAGCUCUCCCUCACGACAGCCCCCGCCCCCCGAGCAGACUUUUGGGAAAUUAUUCGGCUUUGGUGCUUCUCUCCUUAACCAAGCCAGUACUCUAAUAUCUGAGACCACUCAAGCCCAACAACCACCCCCAAAGCAAGCCCCCAAACCAGGCGUCGGACCCGGGGCACCGAAACCCUCAGGACCUCAACCUGCACCACAAGGAUCUCGAGCCCCAUCUCAGCAGCAGCAGCAGCAAGCUGCUCCUCCAAGCUCCUCCAAACCCAAAGUUUGUUGUCCUCUCUGCAAGGCGGCCCUCAACGUAGGAGCCACAGCAGAGCAAGCCAACUAUAACACCUGCACUCAGUGCCGCUCCCAAGUGUGCAACAUGUGCGGAUUCAACCCCACCCCUCACCUGCUGGAGAAUAAAGAAUGGUUGUGCUUGAACUGCCAGACACAGAGGGCUCUCUCUGGAAGUUUGGGAGAUAUUCCGGACCCCGGCACACAGCCCGUGGCUUCCCCCAGGUCACCUGCGACGUCCAAUCAACAGAAAGGUGCCGAUCCGCGGUCAGGACCGAGGCCCCCGGGCUCUCAGCAUCAACAGAAACCACCGGGUCCCCAAGUAAGUGGCCCCGCCUCUCCUAUGAAACAGGCUGAAACUUCCUCUCAAGCCAAGGGGAUCAACCAAGCUUCCCAUCCAACUAAGGCUUCUUCCCAGCCUGCUCCUCAAGCCAAGGUUUCAGGUUCUCAAAGCAAGGGUGCAACGCCACCCCCAGCGCAGAGUAAGGGCCAAUCUCAGAAUAAAGGUCCUGCUCUAAGUAAGGGUCCCGCUAACCAAACUAAAGGGCAGAACCCGGCUAAAGGGCAGACUCCGACAAAGGCAUCUGCUCAGCCCGCUGCUCAGGUUAAGGUUUCAUCCACCCCUAAAGGAGCACCCAAUAACGCCAAGACUUCUCCCACCUCUUCAAAAACAGCACCCACCCAGUCUAAACCCGCAGGUACGUCACAGGUACGCAAACAGACGCAGAGCCAGGAGAAGACAAAAGUCACGUCUAAGUCUCCAAAGGAGGAUGCCAAGGCCUCGCCAAAGAAGGACCCUUCAGAGACCACAAAAGACACCAAGAUAGCAGACCAUGCGCCGAGGUCAACGCACCGAGAAGAUUACAUCAAGUCAAGUACCCAGAGUUUAAGCGACACGGGAUACUCUUCCGAUGGCAUAUCCGGCUCUCAAGGCGAGAUCAGUGGUCAAAUUCACGAAGACGCCCUCAAACUCAACGAGAGGGGUGUGUCCAUUUCCCCGGAAAUCACCAGGUUGGAGACGUCCAUGAAACCUCUACUGGAAUCCAAGGCGGCGUCAGACCAGAAGCACAGGCCUCAUUCGCUGUCUGUUGGACAGGGACGGGACAUCAGUCCCGAUGAUGACGCGGCAAGAGAUGAAUCGGAGGAUGAGCUCAGCUGCAAGCUUCGUCACGAUUACGUGGAAGACAGCAGUGAAAGCGGCCUCUCGCCACUGCCAGUAAGGCAAAAGAAGUCCCAUAAAGAUUUAACUGACGAAGAGUUUAUGAGGAGGCAAAUUAUGGAGAUGAGUGCUGAUGAAGAUGACUUGGAGGAAUAUGGAGACCAGAAAGUUAAAAGAGGACAUAAAACUAGUGGGGAUUUGAACAAAGAGAGAAGAAGACUCCCGCACCAUUCGAGCAGUUUUGAGGAUAACUCUAAGGAAUCAGAAGAGGCGUACAAAGUAAAGGAAGAGGAAGAUGUCAUGAUGGCAGGGGGUCUUCGUCGCUUUAAGACAAUUGAGCUGAACAACACCAACAGUUACAACCGUGACAUGGAACUCAACGCUGAGCAUGACCUACGAGAACCCGAGCUGGAGAUGGAGAGUCUGACUGGUUCUCCAGAAGAACGGUCCAAAGGAGAAUACUCAUCCACUCUACCUGCCACAACUCCCAGCUACACCUCUGGAACUUCACCCACAUCUGUAUCCUCCAUGGAGGACGACAGUGACAGCAGCCCUAGUCGAAGAGCGCGACUCGAGGAAGCAAAACAGCAGAGAAAGGCCAGACAUCGCUCACACGGGCCGCUGCUGCCGACAAUUGAGGACUCAUCUGAGGAGGAUGAGCUCAGAGAGGAGGAAGAGCUACUCAGAGAACAGGAGCAGAUGAGAGACCUUGAGCAACAGAGGAUCCGGAGUACUGCACGGAAAACAAAGCGGGAUAAGGAGGAACUACGAGCACAGAGGCGCAGGGAAAGAUCCAAAACUCCCCCCAGUAAUCUCUCUCCCAUUGAGGACGCGUCACCAACUGAAGAACUGAGACAGGCAGCGGAGAUGGAAGAGCUCCACAGGUCAUCCUGUUCCGAAUACUCACCUUCGAUUGACUCUGAAGCAGAGGGCUUUGAGAUAAUAGCCGGAAAGCUCUACAAAUCAGGGAAUGAAUAUAACCUUCCCACUUUUACAUCGCUCUACUCCCCCACAGAGAAGACACCCACCAUGACGUCAGCUGAUAAAACACUCAAAAGUGCAGAAGAAGUCUAUGAGGAGAUGAUGAAGAAAGCCCAGCUCCUGCAGAGACAAGGCAAAAACAGUCAGCAGAAAAAUUCUCUGACUGACAACAAAAACCUCGAAACAGGAUCAGCCUUAACUCCUGGUUCCAGCCCUACCGGUGGUGCACCUAUGUCCUUCUCCACAACCGGGAACGACCCACGAAUUCCAGGGAUUCAUGCAGCACAUCUUUCAAAAGAAACUCAAAACAGGAUGAUGUCACAGAGUGCCAAAAUCGAAGGGGUUGUCGGAGGAGUGGCCACAACCAAAACACAAGGCAGUCACACCCGCAAUGCAGCUAACGCAUCAUCCGACCCUGCAGGAUCCUCUCUCACCUACAAAGUCUUCUCUCUUUUCAAAGGCCCCAGCCCUCCAGUCUCGCCAAACGCUUCUCCCGCACAAAGCCCGACACACGCGCCUACCGUGCGACCCGCAGGAAGCGGCGGCAGGCAGUUGCCGACACUCCCUGGCGGACCGGCAUCGGCUGUAACUCCCCGUGGAGCUCAGGCACCUCAGAGGUCUGCUUCGCCACGUCUUGCACGACAACAGUCCUCCCAGGAUUCACCAGUGAUGGUCAUAACGCUAGGAUCCGUAACGCCGAACCCUGCUAAGCCUGUAACUGUAAAUUCAUCCACUUCCCCGUUAUCAUCCCCGACACAGGCUAGCUAUAAAACCUUGUAUAGCUCCCAGCCUCUGCCCACAAGUUCCCCAUCGUCAUCACCAAAACAUUCAUCACAGAUGCCUCAAAAUUCUGAAAGAUCAAAUAGUCGUGGAUCGCUGUCUAUGGAAAAUAUAUCUCUUUGUAAAAUCUCAAAUAUUCCAGGCACUACAAAAGUCCUGGGCCAGAGCCAAACCCUUCCAACCAAUAUUGUAGAUCUCAGAGCCCCAAUGAGAUCUGCCCCAAUUAUAAUGACAGACCAAGGCAUGGAUCUAACAUCCUUAGCCUCCGACACAAGGCGCUAUUCUCUGGGGGCGGAACAGCCAUCUGUUCGACUUACGGCAGUGCAACCUCUCAUAAUGAACUUGAACGCGCAAGAGCAACCGCAUGUGUCCGUUUCAACACCGACAACCGUCAGCGUCACAGUCGCAGGUACUAUGUUCAUGUCUCAACCCAAACAUCCCAUCGUGUAUGGAGAUCCUUUGCAAAACCGCGUGGAUUUGGGGCAAGGGGUUGGAACAGCAGUCUGUUUAUCCCAGAGCAAGCCACCGGUUGCAGACCCGUCUAUUCCCAAAAUUGAUGCCUGCCUGGAGAACCUGGGUAUCCAACAGCAGCAGCUGCAGUUACAACAACAAAAGCUCCUUCAGCAGCAGCAACUUCUCGAGCAGCAGCUCCAGCAGCAUCAACAGCAGUCUUCUUUUGCUCGUUUCAAUUUAGCUAAUCAAGUCCCGCCGCUUUUAAUGAAGAAAGAUCUUGCCGUUAGCCAGACAACCAGUUCCCAACCUGUGGUGACCGCGAGAGUCGCUCCUCUGGCUUCACAGCCUGUUUCUAAUGCCCCCCAGGAAAUAUACGGCGGGGUUGCUUUAGAGCUCCAAAACAAGCCGACGGUAAUGAAUCUGUCCACGGGUAAAGCUCAUGUCAUGAUGGUUCAACUAGAUGAGACUAAAACAUCACAGGCGGGCACGGUUACCCAGUUAGUCAAGAAAGAAGAGCCGCCGCCUCCCCCUCCCCAGGUCUUAGAUCUGACUGGACAGAUCAAACCAGAAAACCAAGUAGCUUGUUGCGAUGUUGUGUACAAUUUGCCCUUUGCUGGUUCGUGUACGGGGUCAUUCAGUCAGAAGCCCACAACCGUAUCACCAGAGAAGAACCCCAUCACCGAAACCUCAAAAGCUCCACCACCACCUUCCAAUCCUCGACAUUACAACGUCAAUCAACAGCAACAAUCUCAAGCUACACAGGGUGUAACCGAGGAGCAUAAACCAUAUCAAACAACUUUAGUUCCAUCGGGAAGAAUCCAGCCUUCCAUGUCCGAUACCAAUCUCCCCGCCAUGACCGACGGCACCCAGUACCAGGUGAACAUGAAGGGAGGGGUGGCAGUAGAUCUCAGUAACAUGAAUCAGGCUUAUGAUGGCACAUAUCUCGGCAUGGGAGCUCAGUAUGGUUCUUACACAGACUUACGUCAUCAAGGUGACAUCGCCGGCCCCGCAAUGCCCAUUCGCCGUUAUGGCUCCAUGUCAAAUAUCAAUUCCGAUUACGGCUAUGGCUCCAAGGAGUUAGCAGGACCGCAGGACUCUAAUGUGGCUCAAUACAGCGCAACCACGGCAAGAGAGAUCAGUCAGAUGUGUGCUGCUCUUAACACAGCGGAUCAGUUUGCAACCCGGUACGGAAAUAACCCUGAAUUGCUACAUUAUGGCGUUGGGAGGAGUGGACCUAUAGGUAGGCUAAAUCUGCAUCAGAGUUUAGCAUCGAUACGAGCAAACUUGCUGUACGGCACAGAUGGAAGAGCACUGCCAAAUGGCCAAGCUUUAACAAACCUAAUCAAUGCCAGACAAGCUAGCAUACGCGCCUUGUAUCCUGCUGCUUUGAGAGGAGGUGAUGGCAUGAUAUACUCGACCAUAAACACACCUAUAGCGUCUACCUUGCCGAUUACUACCCAACCGGGUUCUGUUCUUCCACCGAUGCCAAGAGGCAUUUACAGGCCAUACCCGUCAGGUGUAACAGCUGUACCAUUAUCGAGUCUUACCAGGUUGCCUCAAGUGAGUCCCAGAAUUCCCGUGGCCACACAAGGAACAUAUUCAUACCCUCCUCCAAACCAGUAUUCGACUUCGGCCCCCCCAUCCGGCAGUAUGCCCGCUGUAAGCUCCUCACAACAAGAAACACCCAUGUAUCUUGGUAAGCCUUCAACAACGGCAGCAGUCAUUCUACCGACCCAAGCCAACGCGGCACAUGUAUCAGGACCCGGGAUUCAAACUACGACAGUCCAACAGGCAGAUCAGUCUCAACUUAGCUCGCAGAUGACGCCCAUCUCUCAAGUCCAAGGACAGCCUCCUACCAUCAGGCCACCACAAGCCCAGAUGCAGCCCCAACAGUUACCUGCUCAAACGGAACCUUUGUCGUUGACCCAAACCCAACAUCAAGCUCAAGCCAUCAGUCAAGCCCAGUCCUCGGUUUUGCCACAGGGCACAGUCGCUCCGAGUGUUACCGACGCUCAGAAAGGCAAAGAGGACGAGCGGCUCAGUCAGCAGCAAGAGCACAUGCUGCAACUCGAGCGAGAGCGCGUCGAAUUGGAAAAACUCAGGCAACUGCGCCUUCACGAGGAGCUGGAGAGAGAUCGCAUGGAGCUUCAGCGACACCGAGAAAAAGAACAGCUACUUGUUCAGCGCGAGAUCCAAGAACUGCAGACAAUCAAGCAGCAGGUCCUGCAACAACAGCAAGCGGAGCGGGAGACUCAGCUCAUCAUGCAAAGAGAGCAACUGGCCCAGCAAAGAAUGCAACUGGAACAGAUCCAGUCUCUGCAGCAGCAGCUUCAACUGCAGUUGCAAGAGCAAAAACGACAGAAGACGGCAGCGGUGGAGGCAGCCGCCGCAGCGGCAGCGGCGGAAGCUGCGGCAGCAUCAGCGGCAGCCGCUGCGGCCGCUACAUCCGCGCAGGGACCCAUACAGGGGGUGGUGGUGGGAGCAGGGCCUCCUCAAGGUUUUAUUAUUUGCGAUCAAAGCGGCAGGGUCAUUCAACAAGACGGACAAACUGUUCAGUUUUGGCAGGACGGACAAGUGGUCCAGGCCAUGGUGGCAGCUCGACCUAUUCACAGUUCGGUGUCUGAGAUGUCGUUGAGAAGCAGCGACAAGCAAGCCGAGUCCAAGAGUAUGAAAAAGCAAAAUUCGAUGCCCCGUCUCAGGGACAGCACAGAGGAUGAUCCCGCUAAGAAGAUAGCAGACAGUUGUGUACAAACAGACGACGAAGACGGCGAGGACCGCUUCAUGAACCGACGCCGGAGAACAAGACGCAUUGCAGACUGCAGCGUGCAAACCGAUGAAGAGGACCAGGGAGACUGGGAUCAGCAGCCAGUAAGGCGCAGGCGCUCACGCAUAUCAAAGCACUCGGAAUCCAGCGGUGAGAACAAAUCAGACGGGUCAUCGAAAGCAGUUUCUGCGAGCAUAGCGAUUCAAACCUCAAACGACUCAUCGUGCCAGACAGAAUCUGACCAACUCGGUCGGGUUUCACCAGCAAUACAUAUCACUAUGGCGGAAACCUCAAAGGUUGACUUAUUACAUUAUAUAGCGGCUCCUGAGAGGACCCACAAAGGAGAAAGUUUGGCUUGCCAGACAGAACCGGAGUCUCAGUCCCACGGUGUGGUCGCCCCUCAGCUUAGCGUCCCCACAACCAUCAGUCCAUACUCGACAAGUCUGCAUAUCGUUGGCGCAAAUUCAUCUGACCCGACCUCCCCCAGACUUCAAGGAGUCGCUAAAUUCGAGAGAAGGAAACCCGACCCUCUGGAAAUCGGCUACCAGCAGCAACAAAAUGAGUCUCCUUCUCGCCAGCCCCCCAAAUCUCCUCAGGUUUUAUACUCGCCAGUGUCGCCGUUGUCUCCUCAUCGUAUGUUGGAAACAACGUUUGCCUCACAAGAGAAGCUCAACAAAGCUCACGUGACACCGCAGCAGAAGGCCUUCACCGCCGAAUCGCCGCAACGCCACCAGUCUAUACCAAGACCAAUCAAAAGUGUGCAGCGCUCCAUGUCCGAUCCCAAGCCUCUAAGCCCCACGUCGGAGGACCCGGCCAGGAGCAGAUUCUCGCCAUACCAUCAGCAAGCCGUGUCCAACAGUCAGCAGAUGGCCUCCCUGCAGCAGCAGCAGCAGAACGCUGUGAUGAGGAAGGUAAAGAGGACGCUUCCCAGCCCCCCUCCAGAGGAGCCUCCACUCCCCAUAGUUACGCCAGCGCAAAUGUACAGCUCUCCCGGCAUGCCUCAGAGGGUUUUACCAAGACCUGUGCAAGGAGUCACCAAGGCGGGGUUGCUGAGUGAACUGAAAGCCGUGGAACAAGAAUCAUCGAAGCUCCGUAAGCAGCAAGCCGAGCUAGAAGAGGAAGAGAAAGAGAUUGACGCUAAAUUACGCUAUUUGGAACUCGGCAUUACGCAGCGAAAGGAGACCAUGGUGAAGGAGCGGGAGAGGAGAGAGUUGGCUUACUUGCGUUGUAUGGGUGACGCUCGGGACUACAUGUCAGACAGCGAGCUCAAUAACCUCAGAAUGGGAACCGCAACCGCAACCUUUGAUGCUAAUGGUUUGUUGACAAGGCCCAGCACAGCGCCACUUAGUCAGUUUACUAAUGACCUUAACGCAACCUCCCAGUAUUCCUCAACAUCAUCAUAUAUGCCUUAUCCGUACCCCCAAAGUCAACCGUCAUCACAACAACCGAGCUCCUCUUACCAUCAGAUUGGUUUCCAGCCACCUCAGUAUCCUUCGUCCUCAGCACCCCAGCCAGGAACGUUCCAGCCACAUCCUCCGACAGGCCCCGGAUACCAGAACCAAGGAACCUACUCGUCCCGUAUGUACGGACAACCGUCGUACCCCACAGAUCUCGGCAUGCAUCAACAUGGACACCAGGGCUUCCAUCCUCAGAGUCAACCGAUGCCCGGCCAGAGCCUCCCAUACCCAAGCCAUAGUUCCUACCAACCUGGACUCUCUUACCAACCCCAGGCAGAGAUCCUCACAGUACACCAAAGACCGAGGCAAACUUCUUUGGCUGACCUAGAGCAGAAACUCCCCACCAACUACGAGGUCAUCAGCAACCCAGCGGUCUCUGUUGCCACAUCUGUUCCAGAUGCUAGCUAUGGUUCCGCCUACAGCAACGCGUAUGGACAAUACCGCCCCGCUGAGCCCGGCCUGACUCACUCUGGUGACAGCCCAACGUCUGCUUAUGUCUCAGAUGAGCUCUACACCUCGAACUUGGAGCAGAACAUACCUAGGAAUUAUGUAAUGAUCGAUGACAUCAGUGAGUUGACCAAAGAAAAUGCGAAUCAACCCACCGACGCGCUAGGUCAUCCAGUCGGAGGGCGAUAUCGCGGCGAGAACGGCCCCGGACGCGGCAGCACCUACGGUAGACCUGAAGAUGAGCCGGUGGAUGCUUACGGAAGACCCGCUGGUACGAUGGGGUACCAAAGCACAGUAGACAGCCGUACUAGCACCACAGCGAGUGCCGGAUCUUGUUACUAUGAUGACCAUAAACACACAUCACGGAGCAGCUCCGGUAGUCACAAAGUGUCACCCAAAAAUCUUGCCCCGGCCGUGGUCUCCUCCAAACGCAGUAAGCAUCGCAAGCAGGGAAUGGAGCAGAAGAUAUCCAAAUUUUCCCCUAUUGAGGAAGCCCGAGAUGUUGAGGCAGACCUAGCAUCCUACACGAUGACAACCUCAACAGGGGGCAGCUGUACUGUGGUGUCCAGAUCCAAGAAGCAGGAUGAAGUAGCAUACGGGAUGAAAAGGAACACAUAUGACCAGCAGAAGUAUUACGGCACCAGUCGUGAGGGCCUCGAGGAAGAAGAUCGUAUGUACAGCUCCGGUAGGUCCAGGUCUACCGGGUACGGCAUGGACAAGAUCACAUCCAGAGACGCGUCAGGGCACAGGAGUAAAUCCUACGAGAGAGAUGCCAUGGAACGUUCUCAGAGAAGCAGCCGCAGCGGAAGACCGCCCAUACGCAAUCAGAAUUCAGAGGAAGAGAGUCCGAUCAGUCCUGUCGGGAAGCCUGUAGGCAUCGGACGUUCUGGGAUCCCAAACGCCCACGAUGUUAGGAACCAGUAUGGAUCCAGUCAUUCGCUUCCGGAUGUGCAAGAUCACCACAAGAAGGACCUUCCCAGGAGUCACGUCUACAAACCCGAUGAUCCUUACCUGGUAGAUGACAUGAACUGUGCUGUGUCUGACAGUGAAGCCUAUCAUUUGGGCCAAGAGGAGACUGACUGGUUUGAAAAGCCCCGGGAGGCCCGUUCAGAUCGUUCAAGACAUCACAGAGGUGGCAGUCAGUCAUCUACAGGUAGGCGCACAAAGCACACCUACCAUGACUAUGAUGAACCACCAGAGGAAUACGGCCCCCAGGACGACAACCAUCAGCGCCAUUCCUCCUCGGCGUCAUCACGGGACCACCGAUAUCACGGCAGCAACUCUGGGAGGCACAGUUCUUCCAGACACUCCUCAGAAGAACCCAGGUCGUCUCGUUCAUCGAGAACACACCCCAAAGACCCAUCGGGGCGAUCUGAUGGCAGGACCGCCUCCUCUGCUCAAAGGAGGGGCGGCCCGGAUAGCCGUUCUGCUCAAGGAAGCCCUCGCAACUCAGGAGACUUCUCCCGUGACCCCGCCACUGGUCAUCACCAUGGCACUGGGGGGCGGAGUCAGAGACAACCCGGAGAUCGCCAAAGAAGGCAGGAUCCCUCCACCGCGGGCACGAAGAUGCAGCAGCAGGGCCAUGCUGGGCAACCGCGUUCAAGCGCUCAAGGCCAAACGGGAAGACAUACGGGCUCCGAAGUUCUUGAUGGUACUCAGCAUCCCCAGCAGCAGCAGCUAAGUUCACAACAACAACAACAACAACAGCAGCAGCAAUCACAGCAGCACAGUCAGCCCCCUCCUACCAGCCAGCCAACGACCACUGCAGGGGGGUCAGGACCGUCACAGCAGCAGCCCAAAUCCAGCCAAGCACCGACACAGGGACGCCAGCCAGGAGGAGGCUCUGCAUCGGGGCAGCCAGCAGCUACAGCGGUGAAAAUGGACGCUACACCUUCAGCGGUUUCCACAGGAAUGAAACCGACAAUGGCGGUCCCGACAAUACCUCAGACUAGCAAAACAGCUCCACCCCCUCUAACAGGCAUCGGCUCUAAGGCCGCCCCUGUUGGGAUCGGCAGCAAAGCCGGCGGCAUCGGAAGCGCCGCGGCCGGACAGCCGCCCGCCGAAGGGGAGAACGUUCUGACCAAAAUCCUGCAAGGAGGUGCCGCGGAACAGGCCGGGAAACUGGGAGACGCUUUGUCUGGCCUUGGGAAGAAAUUCACUUCAUUCUUUUGAAUUGAAGAGAGGAGGGGUCUGCAGAGUCACAACACAACAAAAUGAGUGUCUUUGCAGUGGAAAAACCUAUGAAAGUUUAUUUACUACAUUCCCCCAUCACAGAGGACGUGGAGGGAGAGAUCCUGAGAGCAUCAAGGUGGAAUCAAAGGAUGCCUUGUCAGCAGUGAAUUCCCCACACGUGCAUGUGACUGAAGCGGAGAUGAACGGGGCGGGGGGACACAAAUCCCAGCAACCACGGAGGACAGUAAUUAGGAGGCUUGUGCUCCUCCCAGGAGCUUAAAGAGUGUUGGAAGGCCCACGGCUGGAGUCGUUUUUAAUACUAAGGAAAGCCUAAGAGCUCCCUCUGCUGGAUGUCCUUCACGUCUGCGGAUGACACAUCUGGCAAGGCUGUUUUGCUUCCACGUUGAUGCUGAUUCCUCGAGCUUUUCAUAGGUUUUUCUGCUCCCAAAGACUCCACUUCAACCCCCGAGUGCUGGCUUCCUCUGAUCUCUACAUUCCAGUCUAGGGGAACGUAAACCCUGUCUUUGAAUGUCUUCUUACUUCUCCUUUUCUUUUCUUUUUUUUUUUGGGUGUGUCUACAGAAUGCAUGGUGUAAACGUGUACAUGCACGCUCACGAAUAGGACGAAAGGAAAAAGAAGCCCAUAGGUGUAAUCUCACCGUUCACAAGUUUUGUAGUUAUGUUGGAGUUAGAGGGAACGGAAGCGACCGCCAGCGUGCCCGUGAUGCAGUGAGGGUCCCACACAGAUGAGAGGCAUGGCGGCCAUCACUAAGCCAUCUUUGCUUGUCUGUGUGCGGCUUUCAUUCUCUUUUUUUUUUUUUUUUUACUUUUCCUUUCAUUUUGCCUCAUCGGAAGAGCCUUAUUUACACUUUUUUUUUUUUUACUUCUAUACCUCGUAUGUCCUUUGUUUUGGCUAUAUCAUCUUUCCAUGUGUACUUUUCUCUAUUUCUUUGCUACAACUUUAUAUUUUUACUUUAUAUUUUUUAUUUGGAUGUUGUCCGGUCUCCCGCAUGGGAUCAUUUGCUCGGUGACUUUAUUUAAGGACAAAAAAAGAGCAAUAGCAUGCAGAUAAUGCUAUAUAGCACAAUGGUAUCGAUGUCGUGUACAUUAGCAGCGGGGUGUUGUUGUACAGUCUGUCAAGCGGUUUACAACCUUCCUACCAGUUUCCACGUGCGCAUGUUAGCUGCAUAAGAGCAUGCCGAGUGCAACACACAUACACACACAUACACACACACACACUUGGCAUCCCUUUUCUGCUGUAUGGUUAUUGCUUGAUCAACAAGCUGGGCCCACUGCCUUUUCUUGAGGUUCCAAUCUUCUAUGCAAUGACUCAUUUGGGAAGCGAUGAAGCCUAAAAACAAAAUGAACUCAAAUAGGUCAAAAGAUGUAGGAAUUUGACAACUAGAGUUGUUUUGUUUUUGCAUGUUUUCAGACAUGGGUGUCCAAAGUCUGGGCCGGGGGCCAUUUGCAGCUCGUCGCUCGCGUUGACAUUUGGUAAAACAAUGAAAGACAAACUGCAUCACAAAAGAGGAUCGGGGUUGUUGGCUUGAAAUGUCACUCUUACCCGUACAGUGCUAGAAACACAUUUGGACCGCCACUGAUACAUGAAAACUAUGUUUACAAACCGCUACCUUCUCAAGGCCCAAACGAUACUGAUAAUGUUUUCAUUUGAAAUGGAGAUGGAAGUGUAGCUGGUGCGCACCUGAGGGAAAAAGCUUUGAAAGAAAUUAGGAUGUGUUGAGUAGUCCUAAUGGAAUAUCCUGACAGGACUGCUAUCAGGAGAGGGGGGAGGAGCCACCUGCUGUGGCCCAGCAAGGUGCACUGUAGUCGGGCACAUGCUCUGAGCAGCCGCUGUGAUGGCACGGAGGUCUUUGGCAAACCUCUAGCGCAGGGGUGUGCAAACCACGGCCCGGGGGCUAUAUGCAGCCUGCUAAGCGUUUGAAUCCGGCCCGCCAGUUAUUUCCAAAGUAUUUAAACCUUUAACAUACAAGCUGGGAACAUUACUUUCAAGUAUUCGGAGUCAUGUCAGGGAUGUUACAUAUAUACGCAUACUCUUUAAUAGUUAGUGUUUUAUCAACAAAAAAAUGAAAAAUUAUAUUUUGUUAUUUGAUAGGGUCUGAUGUUGUCUGAUUAACGGAUAAAUAAUUUCAGGUGGACUGUUAUUUUAAUAAUUAAUUAUAUAAUAAUAAUAAUUAUUAUUAUUAUAUAAUUAUAAACGUAAAACUGUUUUCAUGUAUCAAAUAUUGAGUUUUGGCCCCUGGAUAAUAUUAAUAACUGAAUGCGGGCCCGUGAGUACAACAUAAUGAGCCAUGACAUUUCCCAACAUACUUCAAUGCAGCAUAUAGUACUUUUAAUGAUAAAAACAACCACUUAUUGUUUGUAUUUGUUUUUUAGUUUAUUUAUAACACAUACGCGCAUAACAUGGACAACGUGAUUUUCGGAGUGCCCAUGAAUGCAUCUCGCGGUGGUCUCGUGACAACAAGGAAGUGUGUUUCCCAGGAGGACUCGGGCGGAGAUUGUUCGUGAGUAGGAGAUCGUAUACUGUAUGUAUGGUGUUGGAAAUUGCAGUGCUGUUGGUGCGUUUGGGUCUGAAUAAAGUAAAAAGUAAAAGAAAAUAGGGCUAGACUUUGUGUGACGGUGUGGGUGAUGUGGGUGACUACCGUCUGGACUUCCGUCUGUCGUCAUAACAGAGGCGUGGCUUCACGUGACGCGUAUUUGCUAAUGACGGAAUAUUUUCACCGAAUUAAUGACAUGAAUGAGUUAACGCGCUAUUUUAGACGGCACUAAAAAACUAAAUCUGUACGUGGCCCUCUGUGGACAAACUUUGACACCCCAUGUUUUAAGACCUGUGCUCCCCCCAGCACAGGGACGUGUUGCCAAAGGGUAAACUGUGUCUACUGUUGUGUUUUUUUGUUUUGAUUUAAAAUGUCCGCCGUCACGUCGCUUGCUAGCAUGGGUUUGCUUGGCUGCUUUCCUUGGCUGUUUGUUACUUCCUGAGCGUUUUUUGCCUGACCCGGGCUUGCAGUUGAGCGUCUUAUAUGCUGCCAAGUGGGCAGCACUUUGGUGUCAAUGUACAUCUUUGGGUGUCACGCCAUCCCUGCGGGGCGGUGGAAUGCUUCUUUUACCCGGACAGCAUGAUUGGAUGACCGCAUGGCAGGAGGAGUCACUCACAAAUCAGGUCUUUGUUGUUUUUUUGUUUUUUUUUUGUGGGCUUUUAAUUUGAAAGCACAAAGCGCGGGCCGGUUAGUGGCGGACACAACGGAGGGGAAGUACCAGUGCCUCCCCGGAUCUGCUGAAAGUGGGGCGCAUGACACUCAGCCAUCCACAUUGUUACUGUAAAUACAUGUUCAUUCCAAUGUACAGCUUUUCAGUUUGGAGUAUGCACCCCCUCCCCCAUGCCGUAUUUGCUGCCAACCUUUUCUUUUUGUGUAUAAAAGAACAUUUAUGAAUAAGGAUGAUGAUGAUAUUUGCUUCUGCAUAGUCUUUAUGUGGCUGACAUGUACUGACUGUUUACAACAGUGGAACAAAAACCUCCAGUCUGUGUAGAGAUUCUCUUAUUGUGUUUCAAUUUCAAAGAAAAAAAAAACAACAACCUCCGUGGCAACAAAUGCCUGCAUCGUCCAACAAUCGGGAGGUUUCAGUGGUUAUGAUCUAGAAUGUGAUUAUUUUUUUGGAAGAAGCAGGGCAAAAAAAGAAACAAAAGACCUGGAAAAUGUCCUUCACUGUUGUAAGUGCAAUGGAAAAGCGUCAGUCGUGUAUCCAUUGUGAAACCUUGUGUUCUACUCUGUGUAUUCCUGUAAGAUGACAAUUGCUUUGUACAUUUUGGUGCAUCAUGUCCAGUAAUGUGAUUCAAUGAAAAUAUUGACCCUGCCAUUUCCAAGCAGAAAAACAGUAAACAUUAAAGGAAUAUAAUGUUGUCAUGUACUUACGGGUCUGUGUCCACUUUUUCCACAGACGUCAUGCCGGAUGAUUCUUAGGUGGUCCAAG